GCUUUUAGAAGGUAGUUGUCACUGCCUGUUCUACUCCUGUUAACUGAGGACUGUCAACUUUUCAUUCCUUCCAGCACUUGGUCUUCUUCCAGAGCAGCCAGUGUACUCCGAAACAAAAUGUGGCGGUUCCUCUUGGUGUUCUAUGUAGCUCAAGCAGUUGUGUCUUCAGAACCUGUGAAUCCUGAAGUAUACAUGAAUGUUAGUGAGAUUAUUCGCCACAAAGGAUACCAAGCUGAAGAAUACGAGGUGAUAACAGAUGAUGGUUACAUUCUCACAAUAAACCGAAUUCCACAUGGCAAAAGACCACAGUCAUCAAAUGAAAAGCCUGUUGUGCUUUUGCUGCAUGGUUUUGCUUUAGAGGGCAGCAGCUGGGUUGCAAAUAUGCCAAACAAUAGCCUUGGAUUCAUGCUGGCAGACGCUGGAUGUGAUGUUUGGAUAGGGAACAACAGAGGAACCACUUGGUCACGAAAACAUCAAAACCUGGCUAUUAACCAAGAACAAUACGCUGCUUACAGUUUUGAUGAAAUGGCCACAUAUGACCUUCCAGCAAUAAUCAACUUUAUCCUGGAGAAAACUGGAAUGCCAAACCUGCAUUUUGUUGGAUUUUCCCAGGGUGCCACUGAAGGAUUCAUCACCUUUUCUUCUGUGCCUGAUGUGGCUUCCAAGAUUAAAAUGUUUUAUGCUCUGGCUCCAUUAAGCACACUUAAGAAUUCCCCAAGUCCCUACGUCAAGCUACUCUCCCUACCUGAUGGAAUGAUCAAGAUGUUUUUUGGCAAGACAGAUUUCUUGCUAAGGAGUGAGAUGAAGAGAAAUUUCACCAGCCGUAUGUGUAGAUCCACAAUGUGGAAGAAGUUGUGUUUUUGGACUCUUUCAAUUGCCGGAGGUUCCAAAGAGAACCAUCUAAACAUGAGUCGGAUUGAUGUAUACAAGUCACGUUUUCCAGAUUCAACAUCUGUUCAAAAUCUUCUCCAUUGGGGACAGAUUUACAAAACUGGACUAUUCAGAAAAUUCGAUUAUGGAAGUGAAAACCAGGAUAGAUACAAUCAGUCUGAACCUCCUGCAUAUAACCUGGAACCUAUGAGAGUAAGAACAGCCAUAUGGUAUGGUGAAAAUGACUGGUUUGCUGACCCUGCUAAUGUCGAAGGACUUGCCUGUCAACUUCAUGAUGUCGUUUAUAAAUGUAAAAUACCUAACUGGACUCAUUUUGAUUUUAUUUGGGGUCUUGACGCACCUCAGAAAGUUUACAUGGACAUAAUAAAGCUGAUCACGGAAGACCCGUUUAAGAUAAAAGAACACUGAUAAUAAAGAAGACUUUACAUGUUCUAAGAUUUUCCACUAUAUGUUAAAUUUUGUGACUGUAAUAUAAUUUUAUAUCAUACUGGCCAAAUAGUAAUCAUUGUACUGGAUAGGAUAAGAGUAUGGGGAGGUUGUUAUGGGGAGGGGAAUUUCUUUCCUCUAAAAUUCACUUUAUAAAAUAGCCAUCGAUCCUUCUUACUCUCUUAUUUCUUUUUAAAAAGUGUGACUUCUCUAUCAUUUGAAGAGAAAUCAAUGUGCUCUUUUGUAACUUCAGCUCUGGCUGUUGUUUUAUGUUACAAUACAAACCCUGGAAUGGGUGCUCUAACAGAAAUGUGGAAAGGUUCAGGAAGACAUUUCCUGCUUCUAAGCAUCUAUGAAGUGAAAUGCGGAAAUUUUGCAGCCCCACCCUUCCUGCUCUUCCUCUCUUUAAAUAUUCGAUAAAAAUAGAAUUGAUUAGAAAUCGAAUUCAAAUUCCUUAAAAAAAGGAAAAGAAAGGAAUUGUUGGAUUUAAUUGAAAUAUCAAAAAAGGAGAAAUUAAGAGAAUUUUCCUUAACAGCUUUAGUGAAUUACUUGUUUAUUGCAAGAACAUCUUGGGAAAGCACUAUAUCUUAUUCUUUCUUUGCAUGGAGACAAACUAUACCAUCCAUGAGAUCUCUGUUAAUCACAGUUGGCCAGUGCUAGUAUCUGGGAUUGUGUCUGUCCCUUCACAGUUUUUUUAUCUCGGUGUGCUCUGCUUCUAUCAGUACAAUACCAUCACUUCAUAGGCAUAACCAUCUGCUCUGUUCUGUGUUUUGGUUAUAGUGGAGCAAAACAGAGCUAGUUGAAUGCUGACACCUGUUUUUGUAAUACCAUGUAUGUUGGGUUUUUGAAAUGGCUUUUUUCUGCAUAUUUAAAGUAUGGAGGCCACUCAACACAAGCAUUGUGGUUCAGUGCUUGCUAAUGUCACCUAUGCCAUGAUGCUUUGGAAUGACAGUAAGAUUACAUCAAGUACUUUUUGUUCUAAAGAUGUAAUUCUGUUUUUUUAAUUAAGUAAACUAAAGAACUAAUUGACAAGUCUUGUGAGAGUUUACUUGUACUCUCUAUGUAUUACUAAGGAUGUUCAUUAUUCACUGUUAUUUUCUUAUAGUUUUUUAAAAAUACAAAAUAACUUGUAUACCAAA